AAGCCAAACCCAAAGCCCUUCAUUUCAUUAUUCAUCACCAAACUCUUUGACUCCUUACCCAAAAACCCAAUUGCGACCUUUUCAUUUUUCACUUUCGUAUCUCUCUUUCUCAUUAAUUUCCUUUGCUUUAACUCCCAAAGCGACCUAUUCCAAAUACCCAUAUCAUUAUAUUACGCAAUUGAUUUGUUUUUAUAUACAUAUACACACUCAUACACAUUGGAGACACUCUUGUAUUGCUACCUACUAAUUGUUGUUUGAGCUUUUCUCUCCUCUUACCUUUUCCGGCAGUAAUGGAUUGCUUUGUGUUGCCAGUAACCAUAUUCAAAAGCAGGUGCAUGGGAUCCCGGCAGAGCUACCAACCUUUGGCCGACGAAACGUUUGGUGACCAAGAAAAUCAAAAUUCGGUGAUUGUGGUGGUGGGAAAGGAAAAGAGGGAGUUUUUGGUGGACCCUUUUGUGUUAGAAGAAAACCCAUUUCGAGUUUUGAUCGAUACGAUGAAUAAAGACAAGAACAAGAGAGUGCGGAAUGAUUUUUUUGAUCUGAAGAAGAAGAAGAAGAGGAAGGUUGUUUUCGUGGAUGUGGAUUCGAUUUUGUUCGAGCACAUGUUGUGGCUUAUGCAUAAUGAUUGUUCUUCUUUGUUUAACCUCAAUCUUAAGGAGAUUAUUGAUUUUUAUUCUCAAGAUAAUUAAUCAUAUAGAAUUAAGUUAUAUAUAUAUAUAUAUAACAGAAAAGUAAUAUUUCUCUGUUUUCUACUCAUUUGGGUCUUUUGCAAGGAUUUUUUUAAUCUGUAAAGAUUGUGUAUGAUAACUUUGUCAGAGUAAAUGAGAACAAUAUAACAAAUACAUUAUUACUAA